GCUCGAGGAAAGUCGCGGGAAGCAGGCAAGGGACCCAAGGGACCAAGGAAGGCAGAAAUAAGGAUAGGACAAGCCUCCGAAACUCGGAAGGAGCCAUGCCUAAGAAAGUAAGGGUCGCGGACACAAGGCGCAAACUAGUCGAGAUAGACAAGAGGACCGCGGAAUACAAGGCAAGACUGAUUGAGGAAAUGAUGACUGGGAACGAAGAAGGUCCUCUGCGGGAGGAGCCCCGGGACGAACGGAGAGCCAGCCAAGGUGGGACUAGACAAGGGGGUAAAGGUAGUGACCGUGGGGGAACGCCGAGCAAGAGAAGGAAAGAGAGAGAGAACUCUCCGGGGAUGGAAGUAGAAAAGGCUACGACUCCGCCAGCCAUGGAUAGUAGGGUUCGCCGCCUGCCGAUCAUGCCAGCAGUAGCGCGAGGAUGCGAAGGACUUUGGAGCCUUAGGGAAAGAGUGUUGGGAUGGUUUGACCCGGAAGGAGCUAUGAAAACCAGGGAGGGACAGAUGGCCGACAAGGAGAGCCCGGAUAACAGUGUGGCAGGCGAGAACAGCAGCUCCGAGGGCGUCCUUAAGAAGAUAGUGUCGUACCUCGCUCGAGCACUAAACAAAAAUCAAGGCUAUCUGGCAGACGCCAAGAAAAAGCUGACUUUCGAUGGAGCAAACAUCACGGAGUUCCUGAUCGACUACGAGAACCUAGCUGCGUUACUAAAGUGGACCGAGGAGGAAAAGAUGGACCACCUAGGACAGCAUGUGUCGUUAAGCCUAAGACGGGACAUAAUGGCCAUUGUAGCCGCAAGCCGGUCUUGGAAGGAGACCCGGGAUGUGAUGAUGAGGAAGUACCUAGCGGCGGAGAAAAUGGCAACGGAGGCAGACCUAGCGGCAGUUCAGAGGAAGAACUUCGCAACGUACAAUGAUUUCCUAUGGGAAUUUACUCUAGUAGCACUAAGGAUCCCCGAGGUCACGGACCGGAUAAUUCGCUCACGUCUUACUGCCAUUGUUACCUGGCAUGUGAAUGAAAAACAAGAGUUGCAAUAUCCCACUAAUAGGGAGAAGGAGAGGGGAGAAGGAGAGGGGGAAGAAGAAGGGGAAGAAGAAGAAGAUGAAGAAGAGGAUGAAGGGGAAGUAGAGGAAGAGGGAGAAGAAGAAGAAGAAGAAGAGGAAGAAGAAGAGAAGAGAAGGAGGAAGAAGAAGAAGAAGAAGAAGAAGAAGAAGAAGAAGAAGAAGAAGGGGAGGGAGGAGAAGAAGAAGAGGAAGAAGAAGGAGAAGAAGAAUAAGAAGAAGAAGCAGAAGAAGAAGAAGACGACGACGAAGAAGAAGAAGCUUCCUCUUCCUUCCACUCACCUUUCCGAGCUGGCAAACCUUCAGCAGGCUGUGCGGAACCAUAAGACUCAGCAUGAGGAUGCCACACGGGCACUGGACGCCCGUGUACUGGACCUGGAACAGGCUGUACCAGGACCAGCUGCUGGGGCUUCCAGCAGUGCAUCCUCUAGCCACCAACUGGAGGAACGCGUUGACCACGUAGCGGCAAUGCUAGGAGACAUAAGUGCCUUCACAGAGCCGGACACCAUCAACCAGCGGUUCGAGUUGCUGGACACUAAGAUCAGUCAGCAACAGCAGACCGACCACAGCCACAACAACAGCUCUGCAAGGCCAUACAAGAUGCCGACGUUCCGGAUCGAGAAAUUUGAUGACUACACACAUCAAGACCCGGUCGUCUGGUGGCAAGGAUUUACAACGGAGUUGGGGAUCCACGAGGUCCCUGACCAUCUGUUCAUCAGUGCUCUGUUCAUCAACACCAAGGGAGGAUGUCAGAUCUGGCUCAGCCACAUGGCAACCAUCCACGGCGUCCAGGUUUUAGACCUACACAAGAAGGUCUCCUGGGAGGAUAUGACAAAGGAAUGGAAGAAGCGGUUCAUAGUGGAUGACGCGCCUGCGCUCGCCAUCAACCGCAUCUUCGCGAUGGCUCAAGGGAGCACACCGACACGUGACUGGCYYACGGAUUGGCAGAAGAUCGUGGCCACGCCCGAUCUGGACCUGCCAUUUCCGCAUYUGUGCCGUGAGUUCUACAACAGGUCAUGCGCCGCUCUGAGCCUCGCACUUGGUGAUCGCGAGCAGUACCACACUUUCGCAGAGAUCAUCAACAAGGCGAGAGAGAUCAUCAAGACCAACAGGUCAGCUGCACACGAGAAAUCAACAUGGCAGCCGACCUAUGUGGAGAACGCACGAACUGGUCCGCGACAGCAGCACUUCGCUGCAGUCCAGCAGGACAGUGGAGAUAACCCAGCAGCCACUCCAGCAUCAAGUGACGGAGAUCAGGUGGUUGCUGUCCAGCCGCGAAGCAACAACAAGUCCCGCAAAAAUGGGAAGGCGAAAUCCACAUCACAGGCCGGAAAUGGACAGCCAGUACAAGUUCCAUGGGUCAAGUUCGGCUUGACCGAGGCGGAGUACAAACUCGGGAAACUGAGCUCCGCAGAAGGUGAGGCGACUCCACCUUCCACUCCGCCAGAUUCGGCCGCCUUGCUAGCAGCCUCCUGCACAUCUGGGGAGGACGCGAAUGUCGCAAGUUCUCAUUACUCUUACGAGGACUAUGCUGUCUACUUGGUUCCACCGCUGGACCAGCCGCUCCACGUGCAACAGUCCACCGCAUGCACGGUUUCAUCACCAUCAGCAACCGAUUCGGCACCUUCGCCGCAAUCUAUCGCUGGGGAUUCGACGUCAUGGUCAAGACUUGAUGAGCUCGACCCGUUGACGUUCACGGACUUCCAGUGGAUGCCCGUUCCCUCGACCGGACGAUUGCCGAAACCGCAUUGCAAUGUGCUCAUGGCACAACUGUGGGACUACUUGCACACUGCAGUACUAGCUCCGUUGAUGGACGGCGGAGUAGAGGUUGUCAACCUUCACGAGUACAUCGCGAAGAUUGACCGCGAGUUCAAGACGCAAUAUGCCUUGAUCGAUUGCGGAGCAUCUUGCAACUACAUCAGCCAAGACUUCAUGGUGCGCGCCGGCCUUGGCCCACGUGUCCAGAGGAAGUCCCAGCCUACGCAAGUCACGUUGGCAGACGGUCAUACGCACAAGUCAAUCGACCGGUGCAUUGACGCCGUCCCCGUGUACUUUGCCCCUCACGCAAGUGAGGCGGUGUCCUUUGACAUUCUGGACACCAAAUUUGACAUGAUCUUGGACAUGUCAUGGCUGCGAAGCGAGGAUCACCCGGUGAACUUCUUCAACCGCACCGUUCACAUUCGUGAUCGGAACGGAGUACUAGUUCCAUGCACGGUGCCUCUUCCUCAUCCUUCUAUCAGCUGCCACGUGGUAUCCGCCGCAAGCAUGCGAGCAUCCAUCAUCAGAGACGACAUCGAGGAGAUGGGGGUAUGUUUUCUCCACGCCCUCCCGCCCCGAGACGCUUCAUCGACGGACUCAUCUUUGGAUCCACGCAUCACUGAGCUUCUCGACGCUUACAACGACGUGUUCGAAGGCCCGCACGGAGUAGUACCGGAUCGGCCCAUCCGCCACGAGAUCAUCCUCGAGGACGGGGCCGUACCUCCGCGCGGCUGCAUCUACCGAAUGAGCGAGGAAGAGUUAAGUGUGCUCCGUGCACAACUCGACGAUCUUCUAGAGAAAGGCUGGAUUCGGCCUAGCUCAUCGCCAUACGGUGCUCCUGUCCUCUUCGUCCGGAAGAAGAACAAGGACCUGCGGUUGUGCAUCGAUUAUCGCAAGCUCAACGACUUGCUGACUCAAGCCCGCGCAGAUAUGCGAAAGGCUCAAGUUCGCAUGCAGCAGCAAGCCAACAGGCGUCGCGUACCAUGUCCCAUCCGCGGCGGUGAUCUGGUUUGGGUCUCUGCGGAAGAGUUUGCACUGGAACAGGACAUUUCACGCAAACUGCUUCCCAAGUGGUUUGGACCUUGGUCUGUGACAGCAGCCGCGGGCGAUGAGCCCGAUGGCCCUUCAUUUGUGAUCAAUAUUCCAGAGCAUCUGACGGUCCCUCCGGUCUUCCACGCCUCGACGCUGGCAACAUACACGCCAACCAAGAGCGACGACUUUCCGGGCCGACGAUCGCAGGACCCUCCUUCUAUGGAUGGCCAUCAGGAAGUUGACCGCGUCAUCACCGAUCGCAAGUACGGCAGCAAGCCGCGGCAGUACAAAGUCACAUUCAAAGCAUGCGAUCGCGACGACACUCGGUGGAUUUCAGGAGCAGAUUUGAAAGCAUCCGCACCGCUGAUCUAUGCUCACUAUGAACGUCAAAGAUCAUUAGACGGGUUGGUGCAGCAGCACGGUUUCUGUCAGGACUUCUAUGGCUGGGCGCAGACCUGUACUUUGGAGGAGUUCGUACGGUUGGUCUACAAUAAGUGGCAUGACCCUCAGGGGGCACAGAAGGCUACCGACUCACUGGCAGGCCUGGCAUCCAAGAAAUACCAAUCAGUCUGUGAGGUAACCAAUACCGUAGAGCGCUUGAUCAUUGUCCCAGGUGUGCGGUACAAUCCGCAGGUCCUUAUGACAACUUACGUGCGGUGUCUCCCUGAAGAUGUCAAAAAUAAGUUGGUCGAUGAGGCCUUCAUCGACGUACAUGACUCUGCCUUGUUCAGUAAGAAGGCCUUAGAGAUAGAGGCCCGACUCGGCAGUGCGCACAAAUCACUGACGGACAGGGGUAAGAAGAAGAUACCCCAGGAUUGCAAGAAGAAUGGCAAUCUCAUGUUUGUUGGACAUGAUGGCAGCACCACUGAGAUUGAGGACUUCUCUGACCUUGGGGAGGAGACAGAGGAAGACGUGGGCACAAAAAUUUCAGAGGGUGGAGUAGCUGCUCCCAUAAAGGAAAAGGCUAAGGGGGUCCUGGAAACAGAAGGGAAGGGUCAAGUGGAACAAGUUCCACCUAUAUGGGUGAAACUUGGAUUGGAGUGCGACGUGUGGCGUGAUCGCCUUGCUCAAGGCAUGUGUCUGAAUUGUGGCCAAUAUGGGCGCACAAUGAGUUGCUGCAAGAGCAAGCAUGUCACCGGGAAGAACACGUCAACAAGAGGUCCCCGCCACUACAUCCUUCCUGACGGCCACAAGCAUAAGGUUGAUGAUUGGGACGACUACACCUUCGCGUAUAAGAUGAGUGAAAGGUCGCGUGCUCUGGCUGCACGCAAAGAUGUCAGAGUUGGUGUUGGCAUUCCAGGGGUGACAUGUGGCAUACUUUGUGCGCUCCCGUGGGUACCUGGUCUGAACCUGCAAGACAGUCAAGUCCUUUAUAUCUUCUCGCGAGCAUUGCCGGAACCCAUCCGAGGACAGCUCGUUGCAGAGGCCAAGUCCGGUGAGUACAACUAUAGACAGUUCCACGACCUCGCACUCAAGAGGGAGCAAAUGACUACUCACGUAAAAGGAACGUACUCAUCUGUAGUGAAGAAUGGUCUGGUUGGCGGGUAUGGUAGGCGAGUCCUGUGGCGGCAAAAGCGACAGGACCACAUGCUCGUCGUCUUUGGCGAUGACACGGUGGAAAAACUACCCCUUAAUGAGGCCGAGGGAGAAGGAGGUGGCAACAAUCCGUGGUUGUUCAAUGCCAAAACGACGCUGGCCGGAGCCAAGGCGAUGCCUUGUAACUUGCCAAAGGAUGCGUUUGGCACAGUAGUAAAGGCCUUCCCCGCGUACAACGACGCGGAUGCACCAGAUCUGCUAAAUGUGCGGUUUGACGUAGAGUCGGCAGCACGUCUGCGAUACAAACGGUAUUUGAUAGUAGAUAUGGGGGAGGAUGGGUACGUUGAGAUAGAGGAUCUGUAUGAGAGACAGGUUCUGCAACGGCAGAAGCUGAAGGAGAGGCUAGAAGCACUGAAAAAACAGAAGGAGCAGCAGGAGAUGCAAGAAUGCACAUUCAAGCCAGGCAUACGUUCUAAGGGCGAAAGCCGUAUCAAGCGGUUCUUGCAUGGAGGAGUGACCCCCAAGCCAGUGGAGGAGCGAUUUGCAACAUUAGAGAAAGAGCUCAGGGACGUCCACGGCCUUGUCCUUGGAGACGCGUCCAAUGCAGCGGAUUCAACAGGUCCUAACUCUCCAGGCACCCUUGAAGCAUGGGCAGCGGCAGCUGGCUCGCUUGCAGCUGGCCUGAUCAAGGGUACGGUAUCCAUGACAUCCUCAGAAGCCGAGCACACAGAGACCCCCACCACGAUGCGCAAGGGGGAGGUUGGCAAAGCGGUAUCAUAUGGAGGACGAAGUGAAUGGGGAACAGGAACAGAAGAGACUGAAGCUACUUCUCGGACCAGAGAAGCUACCCGUGCACACACCUCAAAGAAUACUAGCAGGGCUGCAAACCGAAGCCAAGGAAAGACUGGGAGUCCUCCAGAGUCACCGAAGAGGCCGCAUACGGGCAGAGCAGGAGGUACAGUAAAUGGGGAUGGUGAGACAGAAACAGCGCAGCAAGAAAACAAAGGGCAUGAACUGGGUGAAAGCAAGAGGAGUGGGAGGGAGGCAAAAUUCGACCUUCCAGUGGAAGAGCUUGCUGCGCAACACCACUUCGACACCAAACCUUCCAGUAAAGUAGCCAGUAAGCAUACCAGCAAGGCACCCAGUGCUGCUCCUUCAAGACCAGAGACCAUACGAGGUCGCAGACCUGAUGAUGGAACAGACGUAAGUGUGCAGAGUGAUGCAACUAAGGUCAGCAGCAAGGCUCCCAGCAAGGCCACAAGCAAGGCUGUAAGCAAGGGCGUUAGUCAGAACGGCAGCAACAACAAUUCACCGCGACAGGCAAAGACACCUGGCAGAAGGAUGGAAAAUGGAAACUGGAGUGAAAGCGACCACUAUGGAGAGAAAUCAGAGGCCUCCACAAGACAGCAGGAUCUGUUCGGUGGUUAUUCGGAGGUGGAAGCUUCGAGUGAUGGAGAGGAGAGCGAGUUUAAGGACGCUGAGGAACAGAGUGAGACAAGGCAAGUGGACGGAUCAUCGUCUCCAAGAGGAGGAUACCCGAAAACUCCUGGCAGUGCUUCAGAGAAAAAGUCAGUCCAUUCUUCAGAAGGUGGCAAGAGAUCAGAACGGAGUCAAAUCACCAACAGAAGAUUUGAAGAGGGCUCAGAAACAGACGUCUCUACAAGGGGACCCACCGACGAACUGCAGAAAGUUGGGUUUGAUGAAGACUUUGAUGGCAAGCAGUGAUGGCUUUGAACAGUACAACAAUUCCGCUAGGAAAUGGAUUACAUUGGCGACAACAGAUAAGCAGAGAACAGCCCAGCUCCUUUCAAAACACCCUUCACACGCAAGUUCAUGACAAAUGCCCAGCUUGAAAGAUGCGGAUCGCUACUCUCUCUCUCUCUCUCUCUCUCUCUCUCUCUCUCUCUCUCUCUCUCUCUCUCUCUCUCUCUCUCUCUCUCUCUCUCUCUCUCUCUCUNCCCCCCUGCAUGUGUGUGUGUGUGUGUGUGUGUGUGUGUGUGUGUGUGUGUUCGACUCAUGAGGAGUGAGAGAUAGGACCUCCUUCACGCUGGGGGCAAUAGGUGUUAGAUGAUAGGUGUUGACAAGUUGGGAACAGUGGGACCCAAAAGAUGUAGAAAAUGAUAAAGUUAACGAGGCAGAGGUGUCUGCUUGGGACGGGUCUGUGGAAAUCUAUCUAAACGUGGUGGUUCCGUGUGUGCUUAAGAAGCAGAGUCUAUCUUCCGGCACUGCUAUUGGUAGCCUUCACUCUUGACUGCUGACUGUCCUUUCUAUCCUCCUUGCCCUCUCCCCGUCUCAUCUUCACAGCCAAGCUCUGUACAAUACAUUACCUGAUACUGCCAACUACUCCCACUCCCACUCCCACAUCACAGCUGUUGCUCCGCUCUCCGUGGCACUCACUAUUCCUCUUACAGGUUCACGUAAAUGCACAUGUACACGUUCCUGCAGUUUAUUCUUUUAAGACGACAGCUUGGGUGAGCUCCUGCUGUACAAUGAUAGAAUGAAAUGCUAGUAAGCCUGAGAAUAUAUUACCAGGCAGUAACAGGCUUAUGUGUAAACAUGCUCCCGAAACUCAUCGAUGAAAAUCGUGUGUGAUUGGAUCCAGACAAGGUUCGAUGCAUGAACCAGUCGAUAGUCAUCUAAUAGAUGGAUGGAUAUAGAUGGACGGAUGGACGGAUGGGUGCAUGGAUGGAGGGAUGGAGGGAUGGAUGGAUGUGUAAUGGGGAAAGAUCACAAGGUGAGGGGAGAAUUGGAAGGUAGGCUUAGGUAGAAGAAAUGUGGAGUGAGUCCGAGUGACAUUAAAAGUGUGGAAUGGAAUGUACUACAAGUUUUACUAAUUUAUUAUACUUCUUCAUGUACCAAAAUAGCCCUUGGGUCGCCCCUCAAUUGCGGGAAUGGAAUCCUUGAAUUUCAAACAUGGCUGUAAGAUUAUCUCCCUCUCCAUAAAGCGCUUUGAGCUUCAGCAUCACCACACAGGCAGGCUGGCGGGCAAAUGCCAGGUCAAGGCUGCUAAACAGUCAGGGUGGAGGACAGACAGACAUGCGAAGCGGGCAGGCAGACAGCCAGACAUGCACGCAGGACAUGGAGGCAAGGCACCAGGGAGGACAGAGAUAUGCAGAAGGCCGGCAGUGAGGCAAAUGGCACUGGCACCAGGCAACCAAAUAGGCAAGUCAGGCAAUCCGCUGGACAGGCAGUCCGACAGGCAGACAGACAUACACAGAUGCAAGUCAGGCUGACACCAAGGAAGACAGCCCAUCAAGCAGAAGACUGGCUGUGAAGCCAGGAGACCGGCAGGCAGGGAAGUCAUGCAAACCGGCAGGGAGUGACUGGAGGCAGCACAUCCAGUCACUGACAGAUAUGCAGGCAAGCAGGCAGGCAGGCAGCCAGGCAGGCAGGCAGGCAGGCAGGCAGGCAGGCAGGCAGGCAGGCAGGCAGGCAGGCAGGCAGGCAGAUCGAUCAGACUGAUACCUACCGUCUUCACCCGCAUAGAACGCCCAGUCAUUACAUCUGUAUCUAGACUGAAGUUGCCCCAAAUUCAGCUACAAUGACCGGGUCAUGCAGAAGGGAAGUCCCAGACUCACAAGCAGAACAGCAUACAGGCUGGCAGCCAGCUAGGCAAGCAGCCAGUUAGGCAAGCAGCCUGGCAGGCAAGCAGGCAAGCAGCCCCACAGGCAACCAGAAACUGACAUACAGUAGCUCAACAAGCAGACAGAUCAAGCACAAACUGU